AUGGCUGGGCUUCCUCUCCUGCUGCAGCUGCUGCUUUUCUGGUUCCUGCCUCCAACUUCUGCUAAGAAGAUUCAAACCACAUGUGUGCCACCAGAGGGUUUCAACUUUCAGAAUCCGUGGGAACAGUACAGAGCUGGUGAUCUAAUUAUUGGGGGGAAUUUACCCCUGUCAGCUCCUUCGCUCUUCCUUGACCCAGAUUUUCAAAAGGACCCACUCCUGCUUAUUGAUAAAUUCUUCGUCAUACAACCGAAGAACUUUGAGAAGUUCCUGGCCUUGAUGUUUGCAGUGAAAGAAGUCAACAAGGAUCUGGAUCUCCUCCCCAACAUCACCCUUGGCUUCCACAUCUAUGACAAUCACCAGACUGAGAGGAAUAGUUCUUUAUUCAGCCUCUCCCUGAUCUCCACACGGGGCCAAAUGAUUCCAGGUUAUAAAUGUGACCAGCAGGACAACCUGCUCUCUGUCAUUGCGGGUGACAAUGCCAAAUCCUCAAGGCAGAUGGCCUCCAUCUUCAGCAUCUUCAAGGUCCCACAGCUUGGUGUUGGCUUUGAGUUCACUCAAGGAGACAGAAGAGUUUAUCCUUCCUUCUUCAGGAUUAAUCCCAGUGAAUUUGCUCAGUAUGUGGGUUUAGUCCAGCUGCUCCUGUACUUCCAGUGGAACUGGGUUGGCCUGGUGGCCGCUGACGAUGACGAUGGGGAACAUUUUACCUCAGCUCUGAUGCCAAUGCUGAAGGAGAAGGAGAUCUGCCUGGCCUUCGCUAUCAUGUUGAGAGUUGAUUUUUCUGAUAUUCCACUUGGUGUUGGCUUUGAGUUCACUCAAGGAGACAGAAGAGUUUAUCCUUCCUUCUUCAGGAUUAAUCCCAGUGAAUUUGCUCAGUAUGUGGGUUUAGUCCAGCUGCUCCUGUACUUCCAGUGGAACUGGGUUGGCCUGGUGGCCGCUGACGAUGACGAUGGGGAACAUUUUACCUCAGCUCUGAUGCCAAUGCUGAAGGAGAAGGAGAUCUGCCUGGCCUUCGCUAUCAUGUUGAGAGUUGAUUUUUCUGAUAUUCCAAUUAUUCCCUAUUUGAGGAACGUCCAGUUCAACAACAGUGCUGGAGAUGAGGUCUCCUUCUCAGAAGAUGGACUGGGAUCUGCUCGUUUUGAUCUUCUCAAUUGGGUUUUCCUCCCCAAUUUAUCUUUUAUCCCUGUGAAAGUUGGGCACAUUGAUCCUGGGGCUCCCCCAGGCCAAGAUUUCACUAUCAACUCCGAUUCAAUUGUCUGGGCAAGAAAGAAGGUGCCCUUUGCCAGGUGUGGCAUGAAGAGGUGCCAGGCAGGAGAGAGGAGAAGAGUUCCGGAGGGUGAGCAGGUUUGCUGCUAUCAAUGUGACCCUUGUCCAGAAGGGACCAUCUCUAAUCAGACAGAUGCAGCUUCCUGUGAUCCCUGCUCAGAAGACCAAUAUCCCAACAAGGACCAGGACCACUGCAUUGCCAAGAAGAUCCACUUCCUUGCCUAUGAAGAUGCCCUGGGAUAUACUUUAGCUUUGCUCACCCUUUUUGUCUCCGCGAUCACAUUGGGAGUCCUGGCAAUUUUCCUUAAACAUUGUGACACACCAAUUGUCAAGGCCAACAACCGAGAUCUCACUUACCUCCUCCUGGUCUCCCUCCUGCUCUGCUUCCUCUGCUCCUUCCUCUUCAUUGGUCGACCCAGGAAAUUCACCUGUCUCUUUCAACAAUCUGCCUUUGCCAUUCUCUUUUCCCUCGCAGUUUCCUCUGUUUUGGCAAAAACCAUCAUGGUGGUUCUGGCUUUCAUAGCCACCAAGCCUGGAAACAGGUCAAGGAAACUCUUAGGUAAACCACUGACCAACUCCAUUGUCAUAGCCUGUCCUCUGGUCCAAGCUCUUCUUUGUGCCACCUGGUUGGGAAUCUCUCCCCCGUUUCCCAACAUGGACUUCCAUUCCUUGUUUGGAGAGAUCAUCUUGGAAUGUAAAGACGGCUCAGCUUUCAUGUUUUACAUUGUCCUUGCCUACCUAGGUCUUUUGGCCCUUGUCAGUUUCACGGUGGCCUUUCUAGCUAGGAAAUUGCCUGACAGCUUUAAUGAAGCCAAGUUCAUUACUUUUAGCAUGCUGGUCUUUUGCAGUGUUUGGAUCACUUUCCUCCCCACCUACCUGAGCACCAAAGGGAAGUCCAUGGUGGCUGUGGAGAUCUUCUCCAUCUUAGCCUCUGGGGCUGGUCUCUUGGCUUGCAUCUUUUCCCCCAAAUGCUUCAUUAUCCUAUUUAGGCCCAAUUUGAAUUGUAGGGAAAACAUAAUGAGGCAUAAGAAUCUCUGA